AUGGCCAAGAACAUUUCACAAAAGCAAACACUUGAUGAUGUAGACGACAGAAUCAUUAUCAAGAAUCUGCGUGUAACAACAACAGUUGGAUUGGAUCAAUGGCGUCGUGAACAGCCCCAGCCAGUUGUCAUGCAUGUGUCCAUGCGAAACAAUGUACGAAUUGCUGGAACAGAAGACGAUUUGAACUCCACAAUUCAUUAUGGAAUUGCCUCAAAGAUAUUGAAAGCCGCCGUCGAAGCGAGAACUUUUGGUAGCUUACGAGAACUGGCUGACUUCGUGGGUGACACUUGCUCUCACAAGGAAAUUGACGCUCGUUUUGUCGAGAUGGAGCUCACAAAACCAAAGUCAGUGCUUCGAUCCGACGCCGGCGUUUCAUAUAAAGCAAUUCGAACAAGCAAAUCCACCGGAUCCUUAUCUUCUGAGCAAGAGCACCAUCCUGAUCGAGUCGUUCUACGAGAACUACAAGUGCCGGCUAUCAUUGGCGUUCACCCAUUUGAGCGUGCUGAAAAGCAACGUGUCGUGAUGCAUGUUUCCUUCGAAUGCAACUCAAAUGAUCAAGUGAGACAUGUCGAAAACAUUGCCCGCACAAUCUCAGAGCAUGUCGAACAAACCAGUUUCCUGACCAUUGAAGCACUGGUACUUGACGUCGCUCGCUUGCUGUGUGAUAAAGUAGACGUCGAUAAUGUGCGAGUGACAGCGGAGAAACCAAGUGCAAUCACAUUUGCUGACGCUUCUGCAGUCAGUGUUGAGCGUAGUAAAGCCUACUUUGCGCUUGAAAAGGCACUUUCAACGCCGCAAGUUGUUGACACGACUGAUCGGAUUUGCUAUGUGUCAUUUGGAAGCAACGUGGGAGAUCGUUUCGGCAUGAUUCAGGCUGCUCUCAAAAGAUUACGUUCUAAAAUGACAGUGCUUGAUGUAUCACCAAUGUUUGAGACUCGUCCCAUGUAUGUUACUGAUCAACCUGUAUUCUUAAACGGCGUUUGCAAGGUUAAGACAAACCUGCCACCAAUAGAGUUACUCAACAUUUGUCAAUCUAUUGAAAAUGAACUUGGUCGCGUCAAAUUGGUGGACAAAGGACCCCGAUGCAUCGACCUAGAUUUGGUAAUGCUUGAGGAUGGGACCCUUGUUGACAACGAGCGACUUCACAUUCCCCAUCUCUUAAUGCACGAACGGGCAUUUGUGCUUCGGCCGCUGUUGUGUAUUGCACCAGACUUAGUUCAUCCUCGAACUGGUGUUCCACUUGUUCAUUACCUGAAAGAUUGCGACGAAACUGGCGUUCAUGCUUAUCGUCCAUACCUCAAGGGAAGUGAGCAAACAGACGCCUGCGUUAUUAUGGGAAUUCUGAAUGUAACACCGGACUCAUUUUCUGAUGGCGGCGAGUGCACGCUGGACAGUAUUGUCGAGAAAGCCAAGGCCAUGGUCGAGAAGGGUGCUCGUAUCUUGGACAUUGGAGGACAGUCAACGCGUCCUGGUGCACAACUCGUACCUGCCGAAGCAGAAGCCAACCGUGUAAUUCCUGCCAUUCAAGCUCUUCGUUCUGCCGGGAUAACCACGACCAUUAGCGUCGACACAUAUUCAUCUCAAGUUGCCAAGCAGGCAAUUUCUGCCGGGGCCGAUGUUAUAAAUGAUGUUACGGCUGGGCAAGCGAGUCCUGAUAUGCUUUCCUUGGCGGCUGAUCUUGGCGUACCUAUUUGCUUAAUGCACAAUCGCGGCAAUGUUGCUCGCAUGCAUAGCCAUGAGACAUACGACGGCAAUGUUGUAACCAGUGUACGUGAAGAACUUGCACAGGCAGUGCAACGUGCUAUCGAUGCGGGCAUCCCUCGUUACAACAUUAUUCUUGAUCCCGGAUUUGGAUUUUCCAAAGAUGCUAAGCAAAACAUCGAGUUGCUCUCGCACCUCCAAGAUUUGAUACGUACACCCGGUUUCCGUGAUCUUGCCUGGCUUUCGGCACCCAGUCGUAAGCGUUUCGUCGGUGUCUACUCUGGCGAGACAAGCAAUGACCCAAAGCGCCGGACCUGGGGUACUGCUGCUGCUAUUACUACCAGUGUCCUUCAAGGAGCCAAUAUAGUCCGUGUGCAUGAUGUGGAUGAAAUGGCUCAAGUUGUCGCCUUUGCGAAUGCCGUCCAGAAAAGCAACAGCCAUUAA